AUGACUCCACAGGAUAUUCGAGCCAAUCGUGCUAUAUUCUCAACGGCAGAACCUACGCGACCACAACUCCUCUCUGCUUCCACCACUACGCCAACUGCAAAUGUGGAAGCGUUCCAAGCUGCGCGUGAGGUGGAUAGAUCUGAUCCGCCCAAGGGACAAACGACGGUGGUGCCCACCUCUGACAAGGACUCCUCAGCACCAGAAACACAGAUUCCAGAUAGGAGGGUGAUAACUUUCCAGGAGCCUCAGCAGCUGAGUCAAGCUCAAACUGUGAAAAAAGAAUCGCCUGCGCAAGCAACUCCCGCUCAACAACCAUCUGUCUACCAGAAAGUGAUGGGCUUGUUCGGCAACAACAACACCAGUGAUACUGAUGAUGAUAUCUCCCUGCAAACGGAGCCACCCAAGAAUAUCAUAAAACCUCAAGUGUCCGUGCCGGUGCAGCCUGUGGUGCAGCAGAGCAGCGCUGGUAUGCUGUCACACUACCUGGCUGCAGCAACCUCUACCACUAAAAAUGAUACACCCUCGGACAGCGACGAUGACUUCUUUAAAUAA